UACCUAUGCAUGUAACAAUAUAAAUAAAUGUAUUUGCAGAUUACUUUGAUCUAACUUUCUCGAUCUCUCUUUCAUCGGACUGGGAUUUGUUGACGCGUUUAGUUAAGUUUCACAUUCCAAUUGCAUCUUCAAAACAUGGCUGAAGAAACCGGCAGAAAAGUGUUGCUACCAGUUGACCAAAGUGACCAUGCCAUGCGGGCAGUCCAGUGGUACUUCAAGUAUGGCAAGAUGCCUAAGGAUUACGUGAUAUUGUUCCACAGUGUCGAUACAUCCACCAUAAUUCCGUCCACUGGAUAUGCGUGGGCGGGGCCUCUGCCUAUGGGGGCGGUGGAGACUAUGCUGAAGGAAAAGGAGAAGGAAGUGAAGGAGUUGAAGAUCAAGUAUGUCAAUGUGUUGAGUGAGGCGGGAGUGACAGGAGAGUUUCUCUACUCGAGUGCCUACCAUCAUGCAGGUGAAGCGAUAGUUGAGUCCUGUAAGAAUCAAAAAGUGGACUACAUCAUCAUGGGCAACAGAGGCAUGGGGGCCAUACGAAGAACGUUCAUGGGCAGCAUCAGCGACUAUGUGCUACACCAUGCCCAUAUUCCAGUCACUAUCAUACCUCCUGAGAAGUAACUCAAUGCAAAGAAAAGCUGAUCAUGACUUCUGUAGUCAAUUGGCUGGGUUGGGGAUGAACUUGUUAACUACAUUUUGAACAGCUUUAACUCUAAAUUAUAUGUUGUAUUAAAUGGGGCCAUUUUCAUAGCAUAAUAUGAAGUUUGACCAUGC